AUGGUGGCAGCAGGCAGACUCGCUGUCCUCCUGCUGCUGGGCUGUGUGGGGCUCCUGCAGCCAGCUGGCGCCCGGUACAUAGACUACUGUCCUGAUGGCUGGUCCUACUACAAACUCAACUGCUUCAAGUACUUCCCUGACGUCCGGACCUGGGACGAGGCUGAGGAUCCCCAGGAGGCUGCCACCCUGAGGAAGUCCAUCUCCUACUACCAGCGCGUGCAGUCCGUCUGGGUCGGGCUCCGCUACAAGAAGGAG